GAUUUCAACAAUUCACUUCGAUCAGUCUCGUCAAAAAAUAUUUCAAUCGCAACUCAGCAUUCUUCAAAUUCAAAAUGUCAACAGCAGUAGAAAAGAUCAAGGCUAUCGAAGAUGAGAUGUCCAAAACCCAAAAAAACAAGGCCACGGCUUUUCAUCUCGGACAACUGAAAGCUAAGUUGGCAAAACUCAAACGAGAGUUACUUACACCCUCUUCGAGCGGCGGAGGUGGUCCUGGUGUUGGUUUCGAUGUAGCACGAACGGGAGUAGCUAGUGUUGGAUUUGUAGGAUUCCCCUCAGUAGGGAAAUCGUCUCUGAUGUCCGGAUUGACCGGGACGGUCUCAGCAGUAGCAGCAUACGAAUUCACCACUUUAACUACAGUGCCUGGGACGAUGAACGUGCGAGGGGCAGCGGUCCAAAUUCUUGAUCUACCUGGGAUUAUCGAAGGUGCAAAGGAUGGAAAGGGUAGAGGAAGACAAGUUAUUGCUGUGGAUAGAUCGUGUAAUUUACUUUUCAUUGUACUCGAUGUACUCAAACCACUGGACGACAAACGGAUCAUUGAGAAUGAAUUGGAGGGAUUUGGGAUUCGACUGAACAAAAAACCACCUCACAUCCUCAUCAAGAAGAAGGAUAAAGGUGGUAUCGCAAUAUCUAAUACCGUACCCCUCACACACCUAGAACCUGAGGAGAUCAAGGCGGUUUUGGCUGAGUAUCGAAUGAGCAAUUGUGAUGUGGCGUUUCGUUGCGACGCAACUCUGGAUGAACUGAUCGAUGUGAUCGAAGGAAAUCGAGUAUAUAUGCCAUGUCUUUAUGUACUGAACAAGAUUGACGCGAUCUCUAUCGAGGAAUUAGAUCUACUCUACCGUAUUCCUAACAGUGUCCCAAUAUCUGUCAAGGAAUGGCUAAAUAUCGAUGAAUUGAUCGAUGCACUCUGGCAUAAACUUGACCUUGUAAGAGUAUAUACCAAACCAAGAGGUCGACAACCGGAUUACUCUCAACCUAUCGUACUUAAGACAGCCAAGUCUACGGUAGAAGACUUUUGUAAUGCGAUUCAUAAGGAGAUCUCAAAACAAAUGAAAUACUGUGGUACAUCGGCAAAACACGCUCGAGGGCAGAAAGUGGGAUUGGAACAUGUGUUAGAAGAUGAGGAUGUAGUAACAAGUCAGUGA